AUGCAUCUCAUAUCAAUGGUUGAGAAGAUCAAAACUCAGCUCAUGGUUAGAUUCUACAACAAAAGAAAAGAGGCAGAGAACUGGCCUGGUUCUGUAUGCCCAAAAAUAAGAAAAAGAAUUCAAAGGAAUAUAGAGCUGGCAGCUACAUGCAUGGUUUCAGGGGCUGGUGAUGGCAUCUUCCAGGUUGACAACAGGACCAAGACAUACAUUAUUGACCUCAAGGAAGAGAGUUGUACAUGCAAAAGGUUGGAUCUUAGUGGAGUCCCAUGCCACCAUGCAGUCGCAUGCUGUAGACAUGAGAGAAUUGACCCAGAGAGUUUGGUGCACUCCUGCUACAGUAUAGAAGCAUUCAAGUUAGCAUACAAGCCAAUUAUCAAGCCUUGCAGAGAUAGGAGUGAGUGGCAGAAGAUGAAUGCUUGUGAAAUCAAACCACCUGUCUAUGAAAAGAAAGUUGGGAGGCCUUCAAACAAGAGUAGGAGAAAGCAGCCUUAUGAGAUUGAAAAGAAAGAUGGCACAAAGGUACUGACCAGACAUGGAGUGAGAAGGGGGCCAAGGGCUAUUCCUGAGGAUGUGUCUGAUGAUGAACAAGAUGGUGGGCAAGUCACACAGGAGGAGGUUCAUGUCACACAAGAUGAUGAGCAAGUGACACAGGAGGAGGUUCAUGUCACACAAGAUGAUGGCCAACUUACACAGGAGGAUGUCAAUGCCACACAAAAUGAUUGCCCAGUGCAGCAACAAGAGGAUGAAUAUGAUACACCAGUUGUUUUUCAGGUGCAAGACUUUGGAUAUACAAUGCUUCUUAAGAUGCAGCAGUCUAGGCCUGUACCUAGAGAAGAAACUGAAGGAACACUACCAGAUUCAUCAUUCAUAUUACAGGCAUCCAGUUCUCAAGCUUCAGCACAUACAACAACAGCUACAAAUGGUGGCAACCUGACCAUGAAGUUGUUGAAGAUGAAAAGAGAUAAAGAAAGGCAGAUGACAGCCAGGAGAGAUGAAGCACUAGAGGCAAUGAAUGAGAUGGCAGAGAGGAGAGCAGAGGAGGCUGAAGCAAAGAGGCAGGAAAUUGCUAUCAGGAGAGCAGAGAAGGCAGCUAGAAGAAGAAGAGCAGCAAAAGAGAAGAAGGCUGAGGAAACAUCAGCAAGAAAAGCAGCAUUACAAGAAGAGAAGGAGGCCAGGGCAAUUGACGCAAUUGCAGCUAAGGCAGAAGCGGCAAUGAAGAGACGAGAAGAGCAAGAAGCCAAGAGAGCUGUUGCAGCAAAGAAGAAACAAGAUCAAGAAGCAAAGAAGAAACAACAAGAAGAGGCCAAGAGAAGAAGAGUUGAAUCAGUUUGCCCAAGUGCACCAACAAGAAGUGGACGUGUGCCCAAGAAGAAAAGAGUCAACAUAAACUUAAAUCUGAGUAAUUUGAUGCUCAUUGAGCUCAAAUGUGGUUCAUUCAGUAAAGAAACUAAUAGAGCUGAAAUUGGGGUAAGUGGUAGUGCUUUGAUAAAGGAGGCUGAAGCAAAGAGGCAGGAAAUUGCUAUCAGGAGAGCAGAGAAGGCAGCCAGAAGAAGAAGAGCAGCAAAAGAGAAGAAGGCUGAGGAAACAUCAGCAAGAAAAGCAGCAUUACAAGAAGAGAAGGAGGCCAGGGCAAUUGACGCAAUUGCAGUUAAGGCAGAAGCGGCAAUGAAGAGACGAGAAGAGCAAGAAGCCAAGAGAGCUGUUGCAGCAAAGAAGAAACAAGAUCAAGAAGCAAAGAAGAAACAACAAGAAGAGGCCAAGAGAAGAAGAGUUGAAUCAGUUUGCCCAAGUGCACCAACAAGAAGUGGACGUGUGCCCAAGAAGAAAAGAGUCAACAUAAACUUAAAUCUGAGUAAUUUGAUGCUCAUUGAGCUCAAAUGUGGUUCAUUCAGUAAAGAAACUAAUAGAGCUGAAAUUGGGGUAAGUGGUAGUGCUUUGAUAAAGGAGGCUGAAGCAAAGAGGCAGGAAAUUGCUAUCAGGAGAGCAGAGAAGGCAGCCAGAAGAAGAAGAGCAGCAAAAGAGAAGAAGGUUGAGGAAACAUCAGCAAGAAAAGCAGCAUUACAAGAAGAGAAGGAGGCCAGGGCAAUUGACGCAAUUGCAGCUAAGGCAGAAGCGGCAAUGAAGAGACGAGAAGAGCAAGAAGCCAAGAGAGCUGUUGCAGCAAAGAAGAAACAAGAUCAAGAAGCAAAGAAGAAACAACAAGAAGAGGCCAAGAGAAGAAGAGUUGAAUCAGUUUGCCCAAGUGCACCAACAAGAAGUGGACGUGUGCCCAAGAAGAAAAGAGUCAACAUGUUUGAUGAGUUCAGAUGA